AGGAAGCUGGCAUUGAUAGCACUAGUUGGAAUUAGAAAUAGUUAUAAACGCUUUGAGUAAUUCGUAAUGUUAGGUAAUUAAUGCAUAAAUGUCACAAUCCAACUUUGCCAGAUUUCGAAGACAGUCAUAGUUAACCACACUUCAGAUCUGAAUACGAAAAGGUGUAAAAGGCUGAUACGGGUGGAUGAAAACAAGACGGGAUAAUUUCAGAUUUUCCUGUGUUAGAUUGCAUUUAAAGAAAAGGAUCGCGAAAUAUGAUCUACAUUGACGAAACAGAGCCGGAUCAUGAAGAGUUCGAGCCUGUUUUUGAACAAAGAAAUGUCACAGUAAAACAAGACAAAGAUGUAAAGGAAGAAUAUAACCUCUAUGAGGAAUUAGGAAGAGGAAAAUUCGGAACUGUUUAUAAAUGCGAAGAGAAGGCAUCAGGUCGUGUCCUAGCGGCAAAGUUUAUAACUACCAAUAGAGCUGUUGACAGGAAAGACGUAGAAAGAGAGGUAGAGAUUAUGAGGGUUUUACAACAUCCUCGACUCCUUCAACUUUACGAUGCUUUUGAUGAUGGAAAGAAACAGAUGUGUAUCAUCUUGGAACUGAUUGAAGGUGGAGAACUCUUUGAACGUGUUAUUGAUGACGACUUCGUUUUGACGGAGAAAGUUUGCGCUAUUUUCAUGAAGCAGAUUUGUGAAGGCAUCGGAUAUAUGCAUUCUCAGAACAUUCUCCAUCUGGAUAUGAAACCAGAGAAUGUGCUGUGCUUGUCAAAGACAGGAAACAGGAUAAAGCUAAUAGAUUUCGGUCUUGCCAUAAAAUUUGAUCCACUCAAAAAGAUUCAAAUAUUAUUUGGCACUCCCGAGUUCGUUUCUCCAGAAGUGGUGAACUUUGAUCGUGUUAGUUAUGGAACGGAUAUGUGGAGCGUGGGUGUUAUCUGCUACACACUCCUAUCAGGACUCUCUCCUUUCAUGGGGGACAGUGUUCUUGAAACCAUGGCAAAUGUUACAAAAGCAGCUUUUGACUUCAACGACGAAUCGUUUGAACCAAUCACAGAUGAAGCUAAAGAUUUCAUCUGUCAACUUCUUGUGAAGGAUAGAACAGAAAGAAUGAGUGCCACAAACUGUCUACAUCAUCCAUGGUUGAGAGAAGAUAAAAAGAAAGAAGUAGCACAACUGAAUAAAACCAAACUAAAAAAGUUCGUAACCCGUCGAAGGUGGCAGAAAGCCGUAAAUACGAUUUUGGCAUUGAAGAGGAUGGGAGCGGUGAUCGUACCGUAAGCUUACGAAGAAUUUGGCUGUUAAAAGCAGAGUUUAUUUCAUUGAAUUUGGAAAAAGAGAAAUAUGUGAAAGAAUAACUUCCGCAAGAUUUUCGACUAUUGGCUGUGAUUUUCGGCUUCGUUUUGAUAGAAAGUUUUUAUACUUACCCAUUAAAGAUGUGCAGUUUACUAUUUUUGACUUGAGAAAAGUAACGUUUGUAGUUUUUAUUGCUACAAACCACUUUAAUAUAUUUUGUCUGCCAUGUUAACUAGCCCGAAAUGAAGAUAUUUAAAAAUAUAUAUAUAUAAAGCCAUAUUAAUAGAUUGUAAAAAAUAAACGUUUGUUUAGAUUAUACUCAAUUCACAAUUAGCAUAACUUAUAAAGGUAAAUAUGUAUCUGAUAUUCAUAAUAGUAUUAGCUGCAUAAUUCGUUCAAUUGUGGGAAGAUUAUUAUGUAUAUGAAUUUAGAUCUGUAAAACAAAAUUAUCUCCACUAAAAUAAAACUUCACAACAUUCUGCAUCAGAAAUGGUAGCGCUCUGUCUAUGUCACCAUUUUUUAUAUUUAUAUAUACAUUUAAGCAAUGUAAAAGUAAUCAAUGUUUAUUUUAAAUGUACUUAGUAUGAUUCUGAUGCUUGAUUUGUGUGUGCACUUUGAGAAAUACGUGAGACUAGUAUCGUGUGCAAUGGAUGUUUAAUUAAUUAAAUUAUUCGAAGAUAUAUAAAUCCUUUGUAUAACUUAGAAAAGAGAGCUUUUUCCUUAAAAAUAGUUUACUGAGUUCAUUUAAUAGUAUAAUAAUAACAUUUUUCUCAGAAUAUUAAUUAUAGCUAUAACAAUCACUGCAAAUAUUAAAGGUGGCAAGCUGAAGUAACUGAAGGAAUGUCAGUAUUUUACUUCUAUGUUAGAAUGAUGCUACUUAAAAUUUUCAACUCUGUUCAGUUAUGUCAAAUGUUUGACCUUUUCGAUGUUUUCUCUGCCAUCCAUUUACGUGUGAAGAAUGUUAUUAAAGAAAUAUUUUUAU